AUGAACAAAAAACUCUUGGUUCAAGAAGAAAGUCAUCAUGAGGUGGACAUGUCGACGAAGAAUGAGAUCUACUUCGGCCUAUUCGAUCAACGUCACGUCAUGAGAGAUGUAGCAGUAGUGCCAUCAUUUGACAUCAACAGUGUCCUCAGACAGCUGCGAUUUGCGCCAUCCUGCGAGGAGAAAAUGUUCAUGAGGGCACUGCUGGUGCCAAAUCGCACACAACGAUCGAAGGUUGGGCUCCAGGUGUGCAUCUCCAGCAUAGACUGGAGUCUGAAAGACAGCUGCAAUGACGACUACUAG